GGGGCGGGCGAGGAGCAAAGGUUGGCGUCUUCUAGCUCCGACCUUCUCCAGUGGGGCCGUGCCAUCAUGACGGUGGGAGCCAAGCUCCGAAGCAAGGCGGCCAGCAGCUUCCCACUCCGGGGGCCCCUGGGGCGAGCGCGGUCCGAGGGGGACGAGGAGGCGGAGGCCAUCGUGGAGCACCUGGAGUGCGAGGAGGAGGAAGAGGCGGCCGAGAGCGGGGCGCGCGGGGCGCCUGGGGCGCACGGGCGGCGCGCGGGGUCCCGCGGCGGGGCGCGCGGGGUGCACCUGGCUGCGCUGCCCGAGCGCUACGAGCCACUGGAGGAGCCGGCGCCCGCCGCCGACAAGCCCAAGAAGAGGUACCGGCGGAAGCUGAAGAAGUACGGCAAGAACGUUGGGAAGGUCAUUACCAAAGGCUGCCGCUACAUCGUCAUUGGCCUGCAAGGAUUCGCUGCAGCCUACUCUGCCCCCUUUGGAGUAGCCACCAGCGUGGUAUCCUUCGUGCGCUAACUGGAGUCCUUGUGACAGGUGCUAUGAGAAACGAAUGGAAGCCUCUGCUCUGGGGACAGUGAGAAUCCAGGAGCAUAUCAGACUUGGACUCAUAGAAGAGGGAAAAAAUGUUUCUUUGUUGCAUUGAAUGAGUGUUAGGAAUGAGCCACCCCCAAUCAUCUGCUGAGCUUCUCACUUCUCUUUGUCCCAGGCAGAGCCGGUGGUCAAUCCUGCAGUGAAUUAGGCUGAGAUUAAGUUUGGGAUUAGGGGGACUUUGCUUCACAUGAAGAGUCUUCCUGUGAAAAAUGGAGGCUGACAUAUGACAAAUGGAAGCAGUGUGGAAAGCAGCGUGGUGAUUGGGAGAAGGAAGAUGGAGGUGACCUGGAGUCUGUGGCCCUGGGCUGCUUCAAUGCUGAGAGCAGCAAAGGAGUUGUUCAUUUUUCCUUCCUCCACCACUCCGUCACCAGGAGCUUAAUUACAGGCCUGUGAAGAAGGAAGGAAGAAAAGCCUCACUUUGAAGGCUAAAAUGCUUUGAAAGUGGUAUUCACCGUUGUGUUUGACUGUUUAAAGUAGAUGAAAGCAUGUUAUUUUCCCCAGCUCUGUAUAAAAAUGUAGCUGGCUGUGAGAGGAGGAGGAAGGGCAAGUUCAGCUGCAGGCUGCCCAGCGGGGACAGGUGAUCUGAGAGGCUGGAACUGGUCUAAGCCCCAUGUGACCCAGUCAGACUUCCCUGCAAACAGGUGGCUAGCUAUGCUCAAUGUAGUCUGUCCUGGGACACAGAGGACAAGGGAGUGGACGAAAAGCCUGGGAAUGAAAGUGUGGAUUUAGAGAAGGAACCAGUAAGUAGAAGGCAGGAGCCAGGGAAGUAGAAGUAAGGCCAGAAGGACAAUGGAGAAAAGUGAUGGAAAUCCGGGAGCCAGGUUUAGAUGGUCGUGGCGGAGAAUCUUGAGAGGGUCCAGCCUUUGAUUCUAUGUAGGGGCUGAGGGAUGCAGGAUGUCCAGAUGCUAAAUCUUCUCUGAGGCCCAUGAGCUUCCACCGGCUAUUACAUUUGUAGAAUCCUUUUCCUGCUCUGUGCUGCCCCAUUUGACCGCGUCUUACCUGGAGUCUCACAAAGAUGACACAUGUCAGCGCUGACUCAUGAACUGCUGUGAGACACGAGGCCAAGAAGGGCAGAAGAAAUGCUUUGAAGGAUGUGAUGACCUUGGGUCAUGACUGUUGGAAGUAGUUAGGGAGAUCAAAGAAGGAGGACCCUCUUUCUAUGUCCCUUUGCCAGUAAUAAGCUACUGUCCAGAUUGCUUCCAGAAUGUCCUAGAUCCUGAGCAAUUGUUCUGAUCUCUCUAGUGGUGGAACCUUUUGCCCUAGGGCAUGCGUGUAAAGCCUCUACACUCCUGCCUCACCCAACAAUCCAGCCAAGAGGCACGGUGGGGGCGGGAGGGCAGGGGAGUGUGGGGGGGGGGUACGGGUGAAGAUGGGAAGAUAGACCGAUGGGCCAUAGAGAAAUGGGUAGAGGGCAGCAUGGUAGCUGUAGCUCCAGCUUGCUUGGUGAAGGUGUUCGGUGGCCCAGUCCCUACACCAUUCACAUUUAUGAGGAAAGGAACAAACCAGUGAUCCUGUUUUUAUCUCCAGCGAUGCAAGUUGCUGGAGGCACAUUUUUACAGGACAUAUAGCUUGUUUGGCAGUGCUGGGAGUGAGGAAAAGGAGAGGCAGGCAUGAAUGGGAGAAAAAGUCAAGUGUAGUGAGUGGGAAGACAGUCAGAGCCCAGAGGGCUGUUGCUCACCUCAUUGGAAGUGAGAGAGGCACCCUAACCACGUGGAGCCCCAGGUUGCCCAUGGAGCCCCAGGCUUCCCAUCAACGAGCCUCAGGCUGCCAACCGUGUCUCCCAGGAGGAUGCUCCAAGGUCUUGCAGCAAGGUUCCAAGGUUGCAUCUUUGUCUGGGAGCCUAUCCAAAGAAGAGCUCCCUCCCUCCCCCAAAAAUUGAGAAAACAAAAAACAAAACAAAGCGACAGUCAAGCACAUCUAUCCCUCCACUUCUCAGAAAGUCUGGUUAAGAAUUAACUCAGAAAUCUCAAAAGCUGAAACCUGGCAGGAUUGUCCUAGAUGCCAGGUUCCCAUUCCUGGUAGAUGGACUUCAAGCCCUAGCUCUUUGGGAUCAUUCUUUGAGCUUUAAGAACUUGUAUCAUACAUUGCUGAUUACCUGUUUGCUUUCUCUUUCUCCCUUGAUCGUUUAAUAUUGGGCCCACACCCUACUGAGAAUGAGUUUUGAACCUUCCCCAUUACUGACUUGACCAAGAGGCUUCUUUUAUAUAUAUAUAUUUUUUUUGCCCUGUGAUAGAAAUAAAAGCCCCACCCAUCUGA